GAGGACGAGCGCGGCCAACUGCGUGUCAGACAAGGUCUCCUGACCUAGCCUAUUUCUAAGCUCUUCAUCCUCGUUACCAUUAGAAACUUUUUUCUCAACCUCCCAAGUCCCAAACUAAACUUGCCUGAAGCUCUUCGACUUCUCGCUCUCCCUCGCGCAACGUUGCGAUCUUUCUACUGACGGGUUCAUGUCGUUUGGCUUUGCGGGUUUAAUUUUCAGGACGGAUUCAUGAAGAAGCAAACUUGAUAUCGCGUCUACAUUUCUAUCAUUGGAGAGGAAUUUCCAAGAACAGUACUGAGAAAAUCGAGGGAGCAGGAUUUCUUCCUCUUUUACUUUUUCUGCCCCAGUAUUCUUUCUUUGGGAAUUUCUGUAGAAUUCUGAACGGAUAUAUCCAAUUUUAAGGAAUUUUUAGUAUAAUCGGUCCUGGACAAUUUACAUAUAGAACUAUUGGGGUUAUUAUAUAGUUUCCUUCUUUAUCUUGUUAGUUCUGUAGAAUUGGGGGGAGAUCUUUGUAUCAGUAGGAGAAGCCAAGGUUUGUAAUUCUUCAAUUCCUGCAAUUGUUUCACAUUCCUUUCCUUUGUAAAUAUCACUUCAUGGCAAAGUUUGCCUGUUUGCCUUCCUUCUCGGUUGUAAAAAAGAAGAAAUCCAAGGUAAUUUCCAAAGCUGCGGAUGGUUGUAAGAAGGGAAGCAGCAAGUGUGACCUUCGGGUUAAGCCUACUGAUCUUUUCAGCACUUCUCCUGAGAAUGGCCUUAAAGAGCACCAUUUAACUUUCUCAAACUCAUUCCCCUCCGUAGAGAAAGCAACUUCUAUCACUACUACAGGAGAGGCAGAUUAUGAGGGGGGUGAUGAGCAUAGUGAGAUUCAAUCAAUGAAGAGAGAUUACUCUGACUUAGAUCUCCAACCCAAAGGGGAACUUUCCUCCCAUGGAUCCAACAAUGACUUAAACAAUUAUGUUUUUGAGAAGAUGGAGACAAAUAAAGAGAUUGUUGCUGAGGCAAUGAUGGCUAGUGGGCAUGUUAGUGACCCAGGGAUGGAGCCGACAGCUUCCUUAGGGCCACCAGUGCUUGAGCGCUCAUGUUCAAACAUUGAGACCAGGCAUGCUAAACAAUGGAGGUCAAGUUCUUACAGUAGCCUCCAGAACUUGUCAGGAAAUGGCAGAGUAGAAAUGAUUAGUGAAAAUUAUAGUAGUCCAUUAUCUGCUAGGACUUCUUGCAGUGCUGAUGGUUUGAAGCUAAAGAGAUGGCCUUCAAGCCAGGUUCUUCCCUCUCGUAGCAAGAAGGUAUGGUGGAAACUCUUCCUUCGGAGCCACAGUAAUCUCCACAAGCCUCAAGCUUCUCGAAAGCUAGUUUCAGUGCUCGGUGCUCCAAAUCUAAAGGGCUGGUAUACGUCUGAUGACCAUGAACUUUACCAAAAAUCUAACAAGUGGAAGAAAACAGUAGUGCCUGAGAACCAAUGGCCUGCAUUCUCUCUAGAGCCUUCUCGUGUGGAGAGAUUUAAUGCCUGGGUAAAUGGCCUUAAUGAUUGUUCAUUCAUUCCAGUUACUGUUGAAGAGGAUUGUGAUGGCUUGGAAAAUGAACAAACUGCCGAUCUACAGAACUUGGAGACUGUAGAAUCCUCUGAAAAACCUUGUUCUAACACUAAUCGUCGUGUGGCGGAGGAGGUGGCACAAGCAAACAAUAUUAUCCAAUCUUUAAAUACUUUCUCAACGGUGGCGCAUAUCCCCGGCAGUGGAUUGAAGGUUAUUCCAUCCAUUUCAGCCUUUGCCUGCCUUCGAACUGUCAAUCUAUCUGGCAACUGCAUAGUUAACAUUACUCCUGGAAGUCUCCCUAAGAGUCUUCACACUCUUGACUUAUCUCGGAAUAGUAUAUCAAAUAUCGAAGGGCUUGGAAACCUCGAAAGGUUGAGGGUUCUCAAUCUAAGUUACAAUCGGAUCGCAAAAAUUAGUCAUGGACUAUCGAGUUGCACUCUAAUCAAGGAGCUGUACCUUGGGGGUAAUAAGAUUAGUAAUGUGGAAGGCCUUCACCGUCUCCUAAAGCUUACAGUGCUGGACCUCAGCUUCAACAAGAUAAUAACAGUCAAGGGACUAGGCCAACUUGUAGCAAACUAUAACUCCCUUUUGGCUCUUAAUCUACUUGGCAAUCCAAUACUGGCCAACAUAGGAGAUAAUCAGCUCAGAAAGGCAGUUUUGAGCCUUCUGCCGCAUGUUACUUAUCUGAAUAAGCAGCCUAUCAAGCCUCACAAAGUGCGGGAGGUUGUGAGUGAGAAAGUAACUAAGGCAGCUCUAGGAGAUGCAGCAGGGAGCUCUAAAAGGAAGUUGACAAAACGAUUGAGCCAUGGCUCUGGCUCAUUACCCAAGAGCAAGGUUACUGAAACCAGCAAGCAUGGCAAGAGUAGACACUCUACUUCUGGUGAUAAGCUCAUUUGAACUUCAUAAUGGUCAUUUUGUGCGCAAUUUUUUUCUUGAACAGGAUUUGUUUCUUUUUUUUUUUUUCAAUUUUGUCGAGAAAUUUGUGUCUUAUGCUAUGUAAUAGUUUGACAAAAUAUAUAUCCUAGUAAAGAACUAUAGCUUUAUUCAUAGCUAGGUUUCUCCAGUGGAAUUUAGACAUGUAUCAUAAUUUUGAAUUUGGGCUAUUUCAUUUGCUGUAGAAAUAGAUUCAAUACCAAUGCAA